AUGGCGGGGACGAUCCAGAAUAAUCUACCGAUAUUUGACGGAAAGAAUUAUGAAGAUUGGGUUGUGAAGAUGGAUGCUAUUCUGGGUUUUCAGGAGAUUGAUGAAAUUGUUAAGGUAUUCCAGAAAAUGUCCAAGGCAGUAACAACCAAAGAAAUAUGGGAGAUAUUGCAAGACGGAUAUGGAACUGCUGGAAACAUAAAGAAGAUCAAACUUCAGUCGCUAUGGAGGCAGUACGAACUAUUAAGCAUGGGAGAACAAGAAACUAUAGAGGGAUAUAUCAGCAGAAUCCAGGUGAUUGUUAAUGCUAUGUGUGCAUGUGACAAAAUCGUAAAAGACAAGAAGAUUGUCCAUAAAAUCUUGCGAACCUUGACGCCCCAAUACAACCAUAUUAUCGUUGCCAUUGAAGAAAGCAGAGAUCUUGAAAAAAUGAAGGUUGAAGAGCUGCAAAAUUCACUUGAAGCUCACGAACAACAGUUGAUGGAGAGAAAAGCUGCAGAACGAGAUACUGUGCAAAACACCAAUAAAGCAUUGCAAGUCAAGAUUUAUAAGAAUCGUGGGAAUGGCAGAAAUAGAGGUAGGUCUCGCGGUGGUCGUGGAGGCAGAAAUGGAGAUAGAAGAAACAAUGAUAAAUGUAUUACAGCACACGUUGAUUUCUUUGAAAACACAACCAGUGUAAAGAACGACAAAUGGCCUAGGAACGCUACACAAGCAGAACAGGUGUCACUGACAGGAGAAACUAAUCAUGCAAGGGAGGACAUGUCAUGGUAUCUUGACACGGGAUGUUCUAAUCAUAUGACAAGUAAUAAAAGAUGGGUAAUUGAUCUAGACACCAGUGUCAAGAGCGUUGUUCGUUUUGCAGAUGAUAGUAUAAUUCGUGCAGAAGGCUCAGACAAGGUGUUGAUCACAUGA